AUGGCAAUGACACGUGGAAAGAAGAGACCCAUGUCCCCCAUCCCUUGCCUCAUCCUCGCAGCCGCUAGCUGCUUUGCCAAACUGAGUGAAUCUCUGCAGGUCACCGUGCAACCUGCCUCCGUUGUCCAAAAACUUGGGGGCCCAGUCAGCCUGGGGUGUGUAGUGGACCCCCCCAGAGUGAACCUCACCUGGAGACUGAACGGGAAGGAGCUGGCUGGAUCGGACGAGGUGCUGGGUAUCCACAUCGAGCGAGGGAGACUCGUCAUCACGGCUCUCAACAACCGCACCGUGGGGCGAUAUCAGUGCAUCGCUCGUGUGCCCGAAGGAGUCAUUGCCAGUGUCCCUGCAGUGGUCACGUUGGCUAAUCUCAAAGAUUUCAAGUUCGACGGCCAGCACGUGAUCGAGGUGGACGAAGGGAACACGGCUGUGAUCGCCUGCGACCUGCCCGAAAGUCACCCCAAGGCUCAGGUCCGCUACAGCGUGAAGCAGGAGUGGCUAAAAGGCUUCCCAGGGGGGUGCGACAAUUACCUUAUUAUGCCAUCUGGGAACCUUCAGAUCGUCAAUGCCAGCCAAGAGGAUGAGGGGACUUACAAAUGUGCUGCCUACAACCCCGUGACGCAGGAGGUGAAAACCUCUGUCUCCAGUGAGAGGCUCCGUGUGAGACGCUCCACAGCAGAGGCAGCCCGAAUAAUCUACCCCCCUGAAGCUCAGACCAUCAUUGUCACCAAGGGCCAAAGCCUCAUCCUGGAGUGCGUGGCCAGCGGGAUCCCCCCGCCGCGGGUCACCUGGGCUAAAGAUGGCUCCAGUGUCUCCGCGUACAACAAGACGCGCUUCCUGCUCAGCAAUCUCCUGAUUGAUCCCACGAGUGAGGAGGACUCGGGCACCUACAGCUGCACGGCUGACAAUGGGGUUGGGGAGGCUGGAGCCGCGUUCAUCUUCUACAAUGUGCAAGUAUUUGAGCCCCCGGAGGUCACCAUGGAGCUGUCCCAGCAGAUCAUUCCCUGGGGCCAGAGUGCCAAGUUCACCUGCGAGGUGCGAGGGAACCCCCAGCCCACCGUCAUGUGGCUGCGCAACGCUGUCCCCCUUUCCGCCAGCCACCGGCUCCCGCUGGCGCGCCGGGCGUUCAAGGGGCUCAUAGCUCUGCCUUCACCGCAGGCUGGGACGGGCAUUUACCCUGCCUCAACAUCUUAUCUUUCAGGAGCUACACUUAACCCUGGGCGAGAUGCCCAGCUGGGCUCGGCUCAGCCUCCAACACCACCUGCCAGGGACAGUGCCUUAAAGCUGCCCCUGGAUAAAGUUGGACUGCCAAAGCCUGGGACGACCCCACUGGCAACAUCUCCACAGUGUGCAGCCAACAGGGAGCUGGUGUCUCCAGCCGAGGCCCCCAUCAUCCUCAGUUCUCCCCGGACAUCCAAGACGGACAGCUACGAUCUGGUGUGGAGACCCCGGCCUGACAGCAGAGCCCCCAUCCUCUAUUAUGUGGUGAAGCAUCGCAAGGUCACCAACGCCUCUGACAGCUGGGCAGUGAGGGAUGUCCCAGCCACGCAGCACCGCCUGACCCUCACCAAGCUGGACCCUGGCAGCCUCUAUGAGGUGGAGAUGGCCGCUCACAACUGUGCCGGCGAGGGACAGACGGCCAUGGUGACCUUCCGGACUGGCCGGCGCCCAAAACCAGAGAUUGUUGCCAGCAAAGAGCAGCAAAUCCAGAGGGACGACCCAGGCACGAGCACUCAGAGCAGUAACCAGUCCGACAACAGCCGUCUGUCCCCUCCAGAGGCACCGGACCGUCCAACCAUCUCCAUGGCAUCAGAGACAUCUGUGUACGUGACCUGGAUUCCCCGUGGGAAUGGCGGGUUCCCCAUCCAGUCUUUCCGUGUGGAAUAUAAGAAAUUGAAGAAGCUGGGAGACUGGGUCCUGGCUACCAGUGACAUUCCUCCUUCUCGCCUCUCUGUGGAAAUCCCAGGCUUGGAGAAAGGCAUGUCCUAUAAAUUCCGUGUCCGGGCACUGAACAUCCUGGGAGAGAGCGAGCCCAGUGCAGCAUCUCGGCCGUACGUGGUGUCUGGGUACAGCAACCGAGUCUACGAGCGCCCUGUGGCUGGGCCGUACAUCACCUUCACAGACGCCAUCAAUGAGACCACCAUCAUGCUGAAGUGGAUGUAUAUCCCAGCCAGCAACAACAACACUCCCAUCCAUGGUUUUUACAUCUACUACCGCCCCACUGACAGUGACAAUGACAGCGACUACAAGAAGGACGUGGUGGAAGGAGAUCGAUACUGGCACUCCAUCAGCCACCUCCAGCCAGAGACCUCGUAUGACAUUAAGAUGCAGUGCUUCAACGAGGGUGGUGAAAGCGAGUUCAGCAACGUGAUGAUCUGUGAAACUAAAGCUCGGAAGUCUCUUGGUCUGCCAGGUCGUCUUCCGCCCUCAACAGUGCCCCCACAGCAGCGACCCCCACUCAGUGGUGGGCACAGUGGCCUGGGGACAGGAGCCAUGGUGGCCCGUUCCAGCGACUUGCCAUAUUUGAUUGUAGGCGUUGUGCUGGGCUCUAUCGUCCUCCUUAUUGUGGCCUUCAUCCCCUUUUGCCUGUGGAGAGCCUGGUCCAAGCAGAAGCAAACCAUUGACAUGGGCUUCCCAGGAGCUGGGCUGCUGGUAUCGUCCUGCCAGUACACCAUGGUGCCUCUGAGGGGCAUCUCUGCUCCUCGUGCCAGUGGACAUCCCUAUGUAAACGGGCAGCCCUAUGCCAACGGGGCUCAUCUGAACGGCAUCUGUUCCUCUGCAGGAGUGGGCUAUGCAAGCACCAAGCCCCGAGAUUACAGUCCAGAUGAAAUGCCACAGCUCACAGAGACUGACAAUGUUAAGGACUCUGGGUAA